AUGAGGCUUCAACAAAAAAAAGAUCUUGAGCCUGGAACUUUUCAAAGAUUCUCAAAUACUUUACUUGGCAGACUUUUAAUUAAUGAGAUUAGUAGGAUAAAAACUGAUUUAAGAGCUUUGAGAGAAGUACUUAAUUUAGAUCAAAGUGUAAAAAAGAAGGUUUAUUAG